AGGGAAGCCAUGCGGAAACACCCUUAACCCAUGUAUAGUACAAAACGAGGCCACUCUGGCUCAAGCUGGAGACCCUACGGCCUGGGGAUGACUCUCGCCGAGUCGCGAUGAGGUCACUCGCCGCAGAAUCCCCCCCCCCCGAUGACGGCGGCCAUUUGCCUGGCCCCGUUCGCGGGCCGCCCGCCUAUGGCAUGCGUGGCCCCUCGACGCUCGCGGGCGCGCGGCCCGAGCGCGCGCCGCCGCCGGCGCCGCGGGCAGCUGACUGCAGGGCGUGCGGAGCGGAUGCAAGCGAGCGCACAUCUCCGUCAGCUCCUCCGCCCCCAUCAGAUACCUCGUGAAGUACUUCUGCUUCAUCGUCUCGCUGUUCUACCCAUGGUUGAUAUCGAUUGCGUGGCCAAUGUGGCCCCGAGCACUGCCCCGCUGACAACGGUUGAAGCUGGAUGCGCAGCUUCUGUGAGUUUGGGUGCGCGCUGUCUAUCGCCGCGGUCCUGAGGCACGAUGUCGGGGGUCUACAUCCCAUAUCGGGACAUGCUGAGGCCCCCUCUGCACGGCUGGUUGCCCAUCGCCUCCGUAGACGAGAUGCUCAGAGUUUUUCGCGCCCAUCUGGAUUUGUUCCGGCUUGCGGCUUCUGGCGUGGCGUUCUUGAGCGUUUGCGAGGAUUCCGCGGCCGCGGACGUCGUAACCUUUCUGCCUUGCCUGGAGGCGCUGCCCGCUGGGAACCGGACCGCGAGCACAAUCGAGUGGGGCGACGACCAGACCGAUCUGCUUUUAGGUCCAGAGGGCAUCUGGGAUAGCUUGCGCACGCCCUCCGCCCUGCGACCGCGGGACGAAGCCCGCGCUGAAAGCAUGGAGCGGCUUAGCAUGCACAUGAUCUCAGCUCUCAACCAACAGUUCGCCGAGGGGCUACGGGAGUCGAUGCAAAUUUUCCCACCAUUACCCUUCGUAUAUAUAUAUAUAUAUACACUAAGUUUUUUAGAUACCGAGGCACCUUCUUCGAUUGCCUAGGCACAAGUUUCAGCAACGGUUCUCGUGCGCCUGACCUGGAGAUUCAGGGCGUCUCAGGUGCCGGCGCUCUCAGAGCAGCCCUGGGCAGUCUUUCACUCGUGCGGCACACCUAGCGGGGGCAAUGUCCGCUGCUCGAGCGUGCGAUGAUUUGGCAGUCUUGAGGCUUUGCCUUUUGUGACCUGCGCUUGGCCAGGAGUCGCCAGAACGGGGGGGUGACUUGCUUUCGAGUUUCGGAGCCCCGUUCUCAGUUCUCAUAGGGGGGACUGCAUGCUACCCAAUGUGGGAUCACGCUCUGCGGCGUGACAGCGAGGCACGAGUGACAGUGUAGUAUACGUACUUAUCAUGAGCAGGUGAAUCUUUCACGAAGUGGUCCUCUAUGCUGCCUGAUAGAAAAUAGUACAAAACACCGUUACCCCGCAAACGCGUC